UUUUCUUUGCCACUAAUCCCGUCGCGCUUUGCUCGAAUAUCGAAAGAAAAAACUUCAAUUAAUUAAAUUAACUGCAUAACUAGUAUUAAAACAGUGCAACUAACUUUAAAAGCUUAACAAAUGGCUGCCGUUCGUCGCUCCACGCGUCUGAGCAGCAUUAACAAGUCUGCAGCAACGGCGACGGCAGCGCUGCCUCAGUCGCCGCUGCCCUCAACGCCACGACGCUCAGAAAUUUGGCGCAGACGACAAUCAAAGCAGAUUCUAGACAGUGAAGACGAGGAUCAGGAUGAUAUUGUUAGUGUAAUUUCAGAGAAUAACGAAAACAGCAACCUGUUGAAUCAAAUGGACAAGGCGGGCAAACGUAAAACAGCCGCUGCGCAAAAAACACACCAAGAGCAGCUAAAGACGCCACGCAGCAGCAAGAAAACCACGACAAAAACCACGACUGAAGCGUUGACGACCAUGGCCAAACGGAUUGAGGCCAACAGACGUGCAGCAAAGCUCAUGGAUGACAGUAGCAGCAGCGAGGAGGAGCUAGAUGAGGCGGCACAUGUGUCGCCGCCUAAGCAGCGCAAGACACAGCCACUGCCACAGCAUUUGAUCAGCCCCUCGCGGCUGCUGGACAGACUGAGCAUAGAUGAGCGUGAUGAGCAGGAGGAAAAACCAAGAAAGACUGAAACGCAUACCAAAAAGGCGGAGCGGGAAGAAUCUCCAAAGCCCUCGCCGCCACGCAAUAAAUAUCAAAAUGCGCGUCGUGUGCUCAACAGCGCCGAAACGCUUAAUCUACCUGGUCGUGAGCCGCAGCUGCAGGAACUGCGCGAAUUCUUUACCGAGCAUUUGGAGUCUCAAACCUCUGGCAGUCUCUAUGUGUCCGGCCAGCCGGGCACAGGCAAGACCGCCUGUCUGUCACUGCUGCUGCGCGCUCCGGAAUUCGCCAAGCGACUGCAACGCGUCUACAUCAACUGCACGAGCAUUGCCAGCGUGGGCGCCGUUUAUAAGAAGCUGUGCGCGGAGCUGCAGCUGAAGCCAAUGGGCCGCACCGAGCGUGAUCAUCUGGCGGCCAUAACACGCCAUCUGCGCACAGCCAAGCGCAUGUUGCUGCUGGUGCUGGACGAGAUCGAUCAGCUGUGCACAACACGACAGGAGGUUUUGUAUACUAUCUUUGAGUGGCCUGCGCUGCCCGGUGCCCGUAUCUUGCUAGUUGGCAUUGCCAACAGCUUGGAUCUCACAGAUCGUGCACUGAUGCGCCUGAAUGCGCGCUGCGAGCUGAAACCAAGACUGAUGCACUUUCCGCCCUACACUAAGCCACAGAUCGUAGAGAUAUUCAAAUCGCGUCUAGCCGAAGCACAGGUUAUGGAUGUAUUUCCGCCCGUCACGCUGCAGCUGCUCGCAGCCAAGGUGAGCGCGGUAAGCGGCGAUGUGCGACGCGCCCUGGACAUUGGUCGGCGUGUCGUGGAGAUUGCCGAGCAGCAGAAGCGUGCUGGCGACAAAGAGUUCAACAUGAGGGCACUCGAACUGGAGGGUCAGACCGCAGAGGCUAAUGACACGCUCAAGCCUGUGCAGGUCAGCCAAGUGGCGGCAGUGCUCAACAAGGUCUAUGGCGCCUCACAGAACCUAGAGGAGGACAUUGAGGCUGCCUUUCCGCUGCAGCAAAAGUUAAUGCUAUGCUCGCUGGUGCUGAUGCUGCGCAACGAGCGCAACAAGGACAUCAGCAUGGGACGGCUGCAUGAGGUUUAUCGACGCGUGUGUGCCAAACGCAACAUACUCGCCCUUGAUCAGGCCGAGUUUGCGGGCACCGUCGAUCUGGUAGAAACACGGGGUAUAUUGCGCAUUAUGCGCAAGAAGGAGCCACGUCUCAACAAAGUCGUGCUGCAGUGGGACGAGGAGGAGGUGCAUGCAGCACUAAGCGACAAGCAAUUAAUUGCUUCGAUCUUGAGUGACACCGCCUGCUUGGCAAGGUGAUGGAUAUGACCACAGCAACUAGUAGAAUAAUGAACAUGAUGAUUACCUUUAUAUAAAAGAGUAGGUAAGCAAUUUCGCCUCUUUUCGUUUAAUUGCGCAUUUCUUACAAUUCUUAUUCACCUUGGCCGUAGAACGAAUCGAACGACGGGCGUACAAUUUUGAGAUAUACGAAAAUAAAUUGAAUACGUUCAUUUUUU